AUGCCCCAAGCCACGAAACUUGCGCUAUUCCAACCCGUCCAAGUCGGGAGGUUAAACCUUCACCAUCGAGUCGUUCUCUGUCCCUUGACUCGAUUUCGAGCAUCCCAAACAAAUGUUCCUAUCUUACCCGUCGUUAAGGAAUAUUAUACGCAACGAGGGAGUCGCGCUGGGACUUUAUUAAUAACGGAGGCCACUUUCAUUGCCGAGAAAGCUGGAGGUUACGCAAAUGUCCCUGGAAUUUGGAGCGAUGAGCAGAUUGCUGCAUGGAAAGAGAUUGUAUCAUCCGUACACGCUGCAAACUCCUUCAUCUACCUCCAACUCUGGGCACUUGGACGAGCGGCCAUUACGUCGCAUCUCAAAUCCCUGAACGAGGCGUAUGAUGUCACUUCGUCCUCAGAUAUCCCGCUUUCAUCGCGCAAAUCCGAGAAACCUCGUCCACUCACCAUCGAGGAAAUUCACGAGUACGCCGAUUUAUACGCUCAAGCUGCUUCUAAUGCAGUACUCAAAGCCGGCUUUGACGGGGUGGAAAUGGCGGGUCAAUAG